CCUCAUAACUUAGGAAAAAAAGAAGAAGAGGUAAAACUGUAGAAAUAUGGGAAGCAACACUCAAGCUGGCGGAGAGACCCUGGUGAAAUCAUCAAGAUUUAAGCGUAUUUGCGUCUUUUGUGGCAGCAGCCCCGGCAAGAACCCCAACUAUCGCCAUGCUGCCAUCCAACUCGGCAACCAAUUGGUUGAAAGGAACAUCGACUUGGUCUACGGAGGAGGAAGCAUCGGCCUGAUGGGUCUAGUCUCCCAAGCUGUUUACGAUGGUGGUCGCCAUGUCAUGGGGGUUAUACCUUUUUCCCUUAUGCCCAAAGAAAUCACCGGAGAGACCAUCGGAGAAGUAAGGCCAGUGUCGGAUAUGCACCAAAGGAAAGCCGAAAUGGCUCGUCAAGCUGAUGCAUUUAUAGCCUUACCUGGCGGGUAUGGCACACUUGAAGAGCUUCUUGAAGUUAUUACGUGGGCACAACUUGGAAUUCAUGAAAAACCGGUAGGAUUGUUGAAUGUGGAUGGAUACUACAACUCGUUGUUGUCUUUCAUAGACACGGCUGUUGAUGAAGGCUUCAUCACUCCCGUUGCUCGUCACAUUAUCGUGUCUGCCCCAGAUGCCCAUGAGCUAAUCUCCAAGCUUGAGGAGUACGUACCUGAUAACAACGGAAUGGCAUCCAAGUUGAGUUGGGAAAUGGAGCAACAAUUGGGUUAUUCUGCAAAGUCGGAGAUUGCACGUUGACUUCCUUAACAAGCGUUAGAUUGAGGUUUAUAGUGGCUACACAUG